CGGGAAAAGUCGUUGCUCUCGACGUCCUGGUUUCGACCGAGCGUGACUGAUGCGCCUUACUAAAACCCUCUCCGAAGAUGAGGCGUGAUUUAUUUCGAAGUUUGCUAUGGGCACCUGCAUCAAGGUAUGCGUGCUGUUCCUGUUGCUGGGUGUGCUGACCCGAAGUACCGGGGAGGAAGAUGAUGAAGUUGGGAUAGACGAGCUUGGGGGAGUGAGCAUCAAAGUGUUCAGAGGACCCUCCAAAACGAGAGGCCAGGAGACAUUCGCACCCUUCGGUUAUCACGUGAAAAUGCCCGCCGUAGGGCCUCAUCAGAAGAAAACGGAAGGAGACAGUGAUGAACCUGAUGAUGAUAACGACUCUUCUAAGCAGGGAGGGGAGGAGGAGGAUUUCGAUUUCCCAAAUGAUGAUGAAGAAGAUUAAGCGUUUAUCGCUCCAGUACAAAUUCACACAAAGGAUAUAUUUAUUUUUGUAAAACUGUAAAUACGAUCUAGAUUAUUGCCAA